UGCUCCAGCCACCGCCAACGCUGAACCCCUUGUCGGAGCGAUGCGCCCGGUUGGGGCGCUGCUGGCACUGCCCUGGGGGCUCUUCUUGCUUUGGGGCGCCCUCCUGGGCCGGCAGGUGCGGGGGCUCCGCCACACCGCGUGGGAGCAAGAUCAAUGUUUGACGUUGUCCACGUCAGAUUCCAGAUGUGCGGAUGACGUUUGGGCAGUCUGGCUCCAGAGGUUCUUUGACUCAGAUGGAGGCUACGCCAUUCAGGUGUCCAUCAAUGACUAUUUGGACAUUUACUGUCCCCAUUACGAACGGCCGUUGGCCGCGGGAAACCCGGAAGCCUUCGCCUUGUUCAUGGUCGACGCCGAAGGCUACCGCGGGUGCUACGAAACGCCGGGAGCUUUCAAGCGCUGGGAAUGCAACCGCCCGUACGCUCCCUACGGACCCGUCCGCUUCUCGGAGAAAAUCCAGAGGUUCACCCCGUUCUCGCUGGGCUUCGAGUUUCAGGCCGGCCGUGAAUAUUACUACAUCUCUGUUCCUCUGUCGGAGAGUCCCGGACAGUGUUUGAAGCUACGAGUUUUUGUCUGCUGCAAAGCCGCCACCACCACAGACCCUGUGACAGAGGCACCCAAAUCUCAGCCACGCGGGAGAGGCGGUCCAGAGAAAGCCGUGGUCGUCCGUGGACACGGUUCUGCCCCGAUGCAGCUCGGCGUGGCCUGCCUGGCACUCGUGGUGCUACCCUUCCUGUGGCUCUGACCGCGGGGAAUCCGGAUUACGAGCUCCCCUGAGACUCAGGGCGGGCAGAGAGCGCUGGCAGAGUGAUUCCUCCACCCCACUGCUAUCCCCGUGGCAAAGAUGCUGAUUCACCACUUGGCACUUUAGACCUGGCCGGGGACCCCCCUCCGAUUCUCCUUCCACCCCAAAGCUGCUUCUUGGACAGCGUUCCCGGCUGCCGAAGGACCAGGAUGUGCCUCUUCAAUCCGGGACGCUCAUCCCUGCUCCCGUUCAGACUCCGGAGGACCUUCAGUGGGAGCGCAUCGUAUCUUCGUUCCCGCCGGAUGUCGAAGCUGUGCUUUCUGCGCUGGGGACCGGAUUGAGACCCUGGCUUCCUCCCCUCCCCGAAAAGAAAAUUCAGAUCGGAGUUUCUUCCAGGCUCCCGCUGAAGUCGGUCUCCAGGACCGGACGCCAAAGAUAGGAGACUUUUCCCCCACCCUGCCCGUCCCCAUUUGCCAUCUCUGAUGACCUAAAAUGUUGCUGCUUGAACGGAGGAGGUUGGCUCUUCUCCCCCCCUCAAAUUUCCUCCUUUGGGUGGUCUUUGAGCCCUGUGUUCCUCCCAGCCCCCCCCAAAAACAUCUGGACCAUGUCAGCCUCUCAGCCCUUUCUGUUCUCGACGAGAACGACCCUCACGAUGGACAUCUCCGUUUUCAUCUUCUGUGAAGAUACCCACUUCCCGUAGCUGGCGCUGCUCUUGUUUUUAAAUUCGGUGGUCCUCCCGCUGAUCCCUCGAUCGUCGGCGAUGGAGCCGAGCAAUAAAUCCAUUUUUAG